CUCACUCCUCACUCACAACUAGAAGAGAAGUAGUAGCCGCUCAACUAGUUAGCUUCAAACCUCCGCCAUGCCGAUCCAGAACAUUGCCGUGGGCCGACCCGAGGAUGCGUACCACCCGGACGCCCUCAAGGCCGGGCUUGCCGAGUUCAUCUCCACUCUCAUCUUCGUCUUCGCCGGCGAAGGCUCCGGCAUGGCCUUCAACAAGCUCACUGACGACGGCGCCACCACUCCUGCCGGGCUCGUCGCCGCUGCUCUAGCUCACGCUUUUGGUCUUUUUGUUGCCGUCUCGGUCGCAGCCAACAUCUCCGGCGGACACGUCAACCCCGCAGUCACCUUCGGCGCCUUCGUCGGAGGUAACAUCUCUCUCCUGCGUGGCAUCCUCUACUGGAUCGCUCAGCUCCUCGGAUCCACCGUCGCUUGCUUGCUUCUUAAGUUCGUCACCAACGGCCAGACCACCUCUGCCUUUGCUCUCUCCUCCGGAGUUGGAGUGUGGAACGCGUUCGUUUUCGAGAUCGUGAUGACGUUCGGGCUGGUGUACACCGUCUACGCCACCGCGGUUGACCCCAAGAGGGGGAGCGUGGGAACAAUCGCGCCCAUAGCGAUUGGUUUCAUCGUUGGCGCCAACAUUUUGGCUGGUGGAGCAUUCGACGGAGCCUCCAUGAACCCGGCCGUGUCUUUUGGACCGGCUUUGGUGAGCUGGAGCUGGGAGAACCACUGGGUCUACUGGGCCGGACCUUUGGUCGGCGGCGGCCUCGCCGGGCUUGUUUACGAGUUCUUCUUCAUCAACAACAGCGGCCACGAGCCACUGCCCGGCGGUGAAUACGCCUAGAAGAAAAUGAGUUUUUAUUUUUCUUGUUUGGAUUUCUUGUGCUUCGAUUUUUCAUCCCAAGAAAUUUGAAGUUAUGAUCAUCAUUGUCAUCCUCGUUGGUUUGCUCCUGGGAAAAGCAUUUGGUUUUGUUUUUGGAGUGAAUGGGGGUUGGUAAUGAUUGUAUUAUUCUGUAUGCUUUGGUUGUAUGAUUAAUUCAACUUUCUACAAGUUCCGAAUUCUUUUUUCUGUAGUUUGAAAUCACUAUGCAUGCUCCUUGGAUUUUCUACUUUUGUUUCUCAAUAAUUUGUACAUAGUACUGUUGAUCAACUGGACCCUAGAGUUAUGG